CCGGCCGCGAGCUCCCUUUCAUCCAAUGCCGGCUCGAACCAGUUGCAGCAGGACCCCGCGUCUUUCCGCAUCGAGAUGUGGUCCUCACUGACUCGGCAAAGUAUAUGUUCGAGGGGUUCCUCCCGACCUUGGAAGCAGCUAGUUGGAGCUCUAUCGUCAUCACAGCUAACAGCAGCUUCUCGCGCCCACGCCGUCCGUCCUCGACCUCAAACUCAAAACGCUUACUACUCGUCUCUCAAAACUACAACAGGGGCACCAAGCACUAGUCAACCCGUCAACAUGGGAAUCAAAACCGACAUUCACCUGUACACCACCGGUACCCCCAAUGGCAUCAAGGUGUCUAUCCUGCUCGAGGAGCUGGGCCUCGAGUACCAGGUGACCAAGAUCGACAUCAUGAAGAACGUGCAAAAGGAGCAAUGGUUUCUUGACAUCAACCCCAACGGUCGCAUCCCGGCAUUGACCGACACUUUUACCGAUGGCAAGACCAUCAAUUUGUUUGAGAGCGCCUCCAUCAUGCAGUACCUUGUGGACCGUUAUGACACGGAGCACAAGGUGUCGUACCCCCACGGUUCCAGGGAGCACUACCAGGUCCAGAACUGGCUCUACUGGCAGAUGGGCGGCCUUGGUCCCAUGCAGGGUCAGGCGAACCACUUCAGCCGCUACGCCCCGGAGAAGAUCCAGUACGGCAUUGACAGGUACCAAAACGAGACCCGUCGCCUUUAUGGAGUCAUGGAGACGCAGCUCGCUAGCAACCCGUCUGGAUACCUUGUCGGUGACAAGGCGACCAUCGCAGACUUUGCCUGCUGGGGAUGGGUAGCUGGUUACUCAUGGUGUGGAAUUGAUAUCGAGCCGUUCCCUCACUUGAAGGCAUGGCUCUUCAAGCUCAAGGAGAGACCCGGUCUCGACAAGGGUCGCAACGUGCCUACUCCGCACACGGCUCUCGACCAUGUCGGUAAGAGCCAGGAGGAGCUGGACAAGAUGGCCGAGGAGUCCAGGAAGUGGAUUCAGGCAGGAAUGGCCGCUGAUGCGAAGAAAUAG